AUGGUGUCAUCUGUGAACGGAGAGCAUGCGAGCUCCGACGCCGCUCACAAACAGAGGCUGACGGCCGACCCGACCCCUCCACCAACAGAGGCGCGCGCGACGGCCCGGCACAGAAAGCAGACUCUCGUUUCCAAAUUGAGCGACUCCGGUUUCGAGGAAGACCUGGGAUCGUCCCCGAUUUGCUCCCCGGUUCGGGCGGACGUGUCCCCGCUGCACUCGGCGGACCCUCCCGCGGGACAGCUGUCCAACUGGUACCUCCAGUACGGCGACGUGGGUUUCCAGAUCCAGAGGGACAACGAGGCACAGUUUCAUUCUGGCAAAAGCUUGGCACGCCAGCCACAACUGACAGCGGAGGCCCGCUGUAAACUCGUCAGCUGGCUCGUCCCCGUCCAUAAACACUUCCGUCUGUCCUUCGAGUGCUGCUGCCUGGCGGUGAACAUCGUGGACAGGUUCAUGGCGUCCACGCCGGUGGCCGCGGACUGCUUCCAGCUGCUGGGCGUCACUGCGCUCCUCCUGGCGAGCAAGCAGGUGGAGGUGGGCUCGCCGCGCAUCGGCCAUCUCCUCGCUCUGUGCUGCGACGCGUUCACCAAGGAGCAGCUCUGCAACCUGGAGUGUCUCGUCCUCCGCCGCCUGAACUUCCGGCUCGCCGCGCCCACGCUGGCCUUCUUCCUGGACUACUACGCCAACUAUCCGGACGCAGCGGGACCCGGGCGGCGCGGCAACCUCGCGCGCAACGUGUGCGAGUUGAGUCUGGCGGACUACGCUUUCAACAAAUACCCGCCGUCCCUGACCGCCCGCUGCGCGCUGAGGAUAGCCGGCGAGUUGCUGGAGGAGCAGCGCGCGCAGCCAUCCAAGCGCCCCGAGAUCUGUGAUAUGGACCCCGUGGAAGCGAAGAGCCACUUCCGGUCCCAGUUGGGUCAGGGGGGCCGCAACCACAAUCUGGCCGAGGAGUGCAAGGACAAUCUGAGGCUGCUGGUGUCGUUAAACCAGGAGUCACUGGAAGUGAUGUCUGACGUGUGAUACA